AUGGCAUCAAGUUCAAGUCGACCCACUGUUGUCAACAUCCAUAAUUGGAAUGAGGAUAUGUCGGCUGAGAUUGAGAGACUAGCACCUUUUCGAUGGAAAGUGUUCCAGUGUCUACUCGUUGCUGGGGAGAAUGAAGACGUGACCCGACUGCGAGAUGCGAGAACCUUUCUCGUGACCGACCGACAAUGGAAGACUUUCUGCGACCGGCAUAAACAUCUUCCGUGCUAUGUUCCAGAAGAUACAAAUGCCAUGGCGAGCAGCUACUUGCUCCUGGAUGAGUAUAUGUGCUUUUUGGACAAGGGCGAGGGCAUGUUGACAAGGAGCGAAUCGAUCUUGAAGGUCGGCGUUAAGAAAGCAAUGGGUCAGGUUGUCUGGGACAGGGGAUCUUUCCUUGAGCGUGGUGGCAUUUAUGACUGGGGCAGAUCUGAGAAGUUGCAGUGGUAA